AGCUUCUUCAACUUUGCAAGUAUAUCUAUUCCUUUCCAAACUUCAAAACUACGUCUACACCUACGAAAACAUCUCAGACAUGUCCGCCCCUACUUCCAUCCCUGCCCUCGACGAGGCCUCCAAGAAGGAACUCGAAUCUUUCCUCGAGCAAGAGCAGGCCAAGGCUAAGCUCCAAGCUUCCAUCCACGAGCUCACCAACACCUGCUGGAACACCUGUAUCACCGGUGGUAUUAGCUCCAAGUUUUCAAAAUCCGAAGCCCAAUGCCUCGAAAACUGUGUGGACCGAUUCCUCGAUUCAUCGCUCUACAUUGUCCGACAGAUCGAAGCUCAAAAACAGCAAAUUUAAAUUGUUGAAAGUUGAAUCUUGACACUGUAAUGGGGAUGUGGCAACGGAGAGAAGAAAAAGGCAUAGAAUCCAGCUCGACUGCAUGUAUCACAAUAACACAUCUC